CAGUUUUCGGUGGACUCUCUUCUUGACAAGGUGGCAUCGCUCUUCAUCUUCUCUUUCCGCAUAUCCGCAUAUAGUGCUGCCGUGAACGUUGAACUCUUCCUUUCCGCUGCUGCAAGAGCAACCUUGUGCUUUAUUGCUUCACAAACGUGCGCUAAGAAGGGCUGUUUUGUUUUUACCUUUUAAUACACCUUUAAAAUAAAGCGUUCUAAGUCAGUGAAUGCCUCUUAGUGAUGUGAGACAAACCCAUAAGUGAUUGAGCAUUUAAUUGAAUUCUCGGGAGAUUUUAAUUCAUUCCAAAAAGAGGUGGAUGAACGAAUGAAAUUUUAUUAAAUUGAAUUUAGAAUCUCUUCUUUGCGGUCACGCUUAAAGAAAUCUUCUUGAAGAAAUUGAAUUUUAAACAUUUAGUUGGUGAUCCUCUAUAGUGUGGCAAAGUAGUGGGAUUUGUGUUUUUUUUUUUUGCUACUUCACCUUGCAAUAAUUGCUAACCUACUUGCUGGACUAGAUGAAAAACACGGAGAAAAUUGCCUUGGACACACUUUGAUGAUAUAGCUACACGAUGGCGGGCAAAAAGCUGAUUUUCUUCUGUGCAAAUUAGCAAGAAGGAGACAUCAGAAAAAAAAGAACUCACACCAGCAUUAGAAAGACAUCAACGAAAAUUUCUUCACAUCAUAAUCAUCAAUUUUUCUAACAGAUAAUUUUGCAAAGAAGAAAAAAGAAAGAAAAAGUCUCUUCAGCGUGGAUUUUCUUGUGUGCAAACGUUAAAGUGAUUCAGGGCAAAUUUCGUUGUUUACGGAUACUUUUAAAAUCUCUGGGUCAAUCGCAACAUCUUCUUUUGCGCAAAAGUGCUCCGGCGCACGAGAGAAAGACGAGCAUUUGCCCAGAAAACGGUUAACUCGUGUCCGGCUCUAAGCGUGAUCUUCCUUGAGGUCAACACACAGCAUUUUCCUCUUUUUUUUUGUCUACCUCAUCUUCACCUUAAAUUCACUUUAAUUGGCAAUCCGAAAAAAACGCCCAAACGAUGACGUUGAUGGCGUCAAGAGGAGCAUAAAAGUGUUUUUGUGAGUGAUAAAAAAGAACUCGCGAAAAUACCUUCUGGAUGGACACACAAUGUGAUAUCAUGACUCUUUAGUCAAUCUUCACCAAAUCCAUUGGAUUCUUCUUUUGUACAAUUGCUUGAGUACUAAAGAACACACACAGAAAUGCCGCAAUGGGAGCACGUGAUCAUCUUCAGACUCUACCUCCUUCUUGCUCUCAAUUCUGGACCAGAAUUAAAUGCAAGCAUAAUAAAUAGCGUCUUUGGCAUCCCAACGGAAUGUAUGCAUCAAAACCAGGUGAUGCCCUGUAAGCUCUCCUUCUCCUGUUGGCUACAGGGUGGUCGUCAUACGCAGGGUUGUGGGGAGAAUCGUUGGCUCUUCUCGUGCUGUAUUCCUGACGUUAAAGUGGACAUUGUUGUACCACCACCCCCACAGCCACCCAUUGUGAGGCCCCAUCUAAAGCCAGCAGCUAGCAAAGUUCACUCAAAAGUCCCCCUUCUGCGACGGAGAAUUGACACGGAGGCACAACCCUUUGAAUGUGGAGUCUCCCGAAAUAGCCAAAAUACCCUUCAGAAGCGCAUCAUUGGUGGGAGAUUGGCGCAAUUUGCUGAAUAUCCAUGGCAGGCUCACAUAAGAAUCCUCGAAUAUCAAUGCGGAGGUGUACUUUUAUCGCGCAGAUUUAUCGCAACAGCUGCUCAUUGCAUUCAGCAGGCAAAGCUUCGGGAUAUCAUUGUCUUCCUCGGGGAGUUGGAUACGCAAAAUUCGGGGACGGUGUCUGAACCUCUUCCAGCUGAGAGGCACAGAGUUUUACAGAAGUACAUCCACCCACGCUUUCAGUUUAGAGUUACGCAACCUGAUCGAUAUGAUUUGGCAUUGCUGAAGCUUUCACGGCCAGCAGGUUACAAGAGUCACAUUCUACCAAUUUGCCUUCCAGUGGGACAGUUGGACUUGACGGGGGUCAAUGGAAUGAUUGCAGGAUGGGGUAAGACGGAAGCAAGCACAGGAACAGGGACGAGUAUUCUAAGAACAGCCUCAGUACCCAUUAUAAGUUUAAAUGAAUGUGUAGCAUGGCAUGAGAGCAAAAACAUUAAUGUUGAACUCUUCAAUGAAAUGCUCUGUGCUGGACAUCUCGAUGGGCACAUGGAUGCCUGCUUAGGGGAUAGCGGAAGCCCGUUAAUUGUUAAAAUUAAAGAUCGUCACUACCUAAUUGGCAUUACGAGUGCAGGCUUUGGGUGUGGAGUUGAAAAGCAACCGGGAAUCUAUCACAACAUCAUGAAGACCUCAAAGUGGAUUCAAGAAAUGAUCAAGAGAUCGUGAUGCCUACACUGUGGCGAUGCGAUCGCGGGAAUUCCCGACCGUUAUAUCACAUUUUCAAAUGAAUUUUCAGCUCACAAGUUGCAAAGCACUGUGUAAUUCAAUAAAAGAAUAAAUUGGCAAAAGAAA